GUCCGGAGCAGCGCUCUUGCUCCUGUCCUCCUGUAUGCUAGCUCCCUUCCAUGAUGCUAACCUGAGCAACAACAACAACAACAACAACAACAACGUGUUUACAGACUCAAACAGAGCCGGUGCGUUGAUUCAGGAGAGGGUGUAGUUAGCUGCAGGUAACUGAACCGUGUUACUCGUGUCUUUGUUUACUGUCAGUCCGGUUUUAAAUGGAUAAUCCCUGAGAGCACAAGCUGUCUCCUGAUAGCAGCUAAUGUAGCUAGCACAAGACGCAGAGCUCUUGAAAGCCUUGUGAAUAAAGUUACCCCAGCUACAGGUGGAUACGUUAACCAACAUUUACUCAUACUCUAACUAUUAUGUAAUGUUGUAGCAGCGGAUAUGGACUGCCUCCUCUAGCAAACACAGAGGGACCACUAUGGAGAUGACUCAAGGACUAUAAACACUUUUUUGUUUGUCUUAUGGAGGCUAAAUCGUUUGCUCCACCAUUAUUCCUUGCUGUUGUGUGUUUUGUGGUGUCCUCGCUGCAGCAGUGGUGAAUAUCAGCCCUCCAAACCCCGUAUGGCAGCCUGUGUGAAGGCUGUGUGUGCUGCUGGUGGCGGCGGCGGCGUGGAGAUGACAGUACACAGGGUGUUGCUGACUGGCUGUAUGAACUGCACUAGGAUGUAUCUGCCACUUGGUGGGAACUUUUAUCCAAAGCGCCUUUACAGCUCUGUUAGUCCUUUUCCUUCGAGAAUGGGUGGGACUCGAACCUUCAUGCUCUACCCUCUGAAGUACACUGUGACACUCGGGAACAGAAAACCGGGAUUGUACAGCAGGGGCUACGGCGACCUCGGUUCAAAUGCCCUCUGCAGUCUGACACUGCCUGUGUCAAGAUGUGAACCCAGAAGACCUCAGUCUGCUGCGGGGAGGAAGGAGGAGCUGCUGCAAGGAGGUGCAACAUGGCCCGUGUCUUCUAUCCGCAGCAGAAUGACAGACACUGCUGUUUCCAGUGUACCUCCAUGUUUUGUAGUGAUGAAGUUUGACCAAGAGGGAAAUGUGACAUCAUUUGAGAAGAAGAAAACAGAGCUUUGCCAGGAGCUCAGUCUUCAAGCCAGAGACCUUCGUUUCCAGCACAGUACCAGCCUCACUGCUAGAAACAACUGCAUUAUCAUACGAAUGGAGUCUUUAAAAGCCAUCGUGACCCCGCAGUCCCUGUUGGUGUUGGAUUUUCGUGGUCUUGGAUUAGAGCGUUGGUUGGUACUGGAGCUCGCCUCUCAGAUAGCAUCACAGGCACACUCUCUGCCCUUUGAGUUCAGAGCACUGGAGGCCAUCCUACAGCACAGGGUAAACACCCUACAAACACGGCUGAAUGAUGUCGAACCAGUAAUAAUGGACACAUUGGAGUCCCUCGUGGAUCCUAAAAUCCUUUCCGCUGAUAGAAGUAAACUGCAUAUACUGCUGCAGAACAGCAAGAGCUUAUCAGAGUUGGAGACGGACAUUAAAGUUUUUAAGGAUUCCUUGCUGAAGAUUUUGGAUGAGGACGAGAUCAUUGAAGAACUCUGUCUGACCAAGUGGACAGACCCAAGAGUUUUUGAGGAGAGCAGUUUGGGUAUUGACCACGCUGAGGAGAUGGAACUGGUAUUGGAGAAUUAUUACAUGCAGGCUGAGGAGCUGGGGAACAAGGCCAGAGAGCUGAAAGGGCUGAUAGACGACUCUGAGAGUGUCAUCUUCAUCAAUCUGGACAGCCAUCGUAACGUGAUGAUGCGCCUGAAUCUGCAGCUGACGAUGGGUUCCUUCUCCCUGACCUUAUUUGGUCUGAUAGGAGUCGCCUUUGGAAUGAAUUUGACGUCAUCCUUCGAGGAGGACCCUCGUGUUUUCUGGCUGGUAACAGGCUUCAUGUUCUUGGGCAGUGGCAUGAUAUGGAGACGACUACUGUCAUUUCUGGGACGACAUCUAGAACCUUCAAUACCCCCUCUAAUCCCUCCAGUUUGGAAGAGAAAUCUGAAAACAUCAGACAUCAAGGCGGGAGUCAGAUGAUGUUCUACCUCCGCUCUGUAAAACGCCACAGACCUCCUACAGACUCUGCAGCUUUAAAGACGGUUGUCUUACCACCUCGGACCUUCUGGAUUCUCUACAAGUGCUGGAGAGUUUUAUUUUUUAACUCACCUCAUGGUUUUGCUCCAGCAGAGUUUGAGACUGCAUCCGUGUGUGCUUGUGUCCCCAUCAUUGUAUUUCUCAUUUUAAGUUGGGGUUUUUUCCGGAUAUUCAUAUAAUAUCUUCAUGUAUGUGGAUAGAACACGUGGGCACAGAGCAUUGCUCUGUCAUCACUGUUUUUCGAGCAGUGGGUGGAUGCGUGGGCAAGUGGCGUGAUGGGGCUGAAACGGAUAACAAUCCAACUAAUACGACAUCCGCCUACAUGCAGUUGUACGUUCCCUCAUUUCAUGUUUAGAAAAGCGUGUUUAAAAGGACUAAAUCCUAUUAAUUUAAUUUAAUUUAAAUAAAUGUGAUCCAAAUGAACGUGUAACGUCCAUUGUUAAGGUUUCUAGUUUUAUUUUCUUUGCAAUAUCAGUUACAUUAGAAGGACUUUAAACAUCUACUGCUCUGAAAACAAGGAUUUAUUAAAUGUUGUGAUUGUCAACAUAAAUUAAUAAAAGCAAAAUCUAAUUUUCAGGCAUUUCUGACAGAACAAUGACUGAGCUGCUUCUCCUCAGUCUUAAAAAACAAACAACAUAUUGCCGGUUUUGGUUGUCUUUUAUUUUGAUAUUGUGUCUCACUGUGAGUGUCUCGAAUUGACAUUUGCCCAAAAAUGGAAGGGCCUUAAUACGACGACUAGUCAUAGACUAAGGCAUAGUACAACUUUGUCCUGUUCCUAUUUGAAUGAAAUCCAUUAGUAUUCGAAAUGUUACAUCUAAAAACCUUCUACCAAAGCAAAGUCAGUGUUAUAUCGCCACUUUAUACACUCUCAGGCCUUGAAGCUGUGGUUUCCAACUUGGGUUUCAAGUUGUUGCCAUAUAAAUCAGACAGGUCUUUAGGUGGAACAGGACAGGGAAGCAGGAAAAAAACAUUUCAGCUACAACAAAACCAUGUUUAUUUCAAAGUUUAUUAGAUUAUUUUACCUCAUGUUAAACUGGUUCUGAUUGAUAUAUGCAACAGGUGACGAGGGAUCACCAGUAGGUCACAGGCCAAACAUGUUGGAAAGCACUGCCUUAACAGAACUGUGUAUCUUUUCAAGUCCUUCAUCUUUUGACUGUGUUAUAUUUAAUGCCUAUAAAGAAAAUAUUCAGCCUU